AAGUAGAGUUAACAAGAUACCCAAGAUUGCUGGGAAAAGAAUCACCAAGUUGGUCCCUCUUUUUUCAAAUAUAGGGUAAUUGGGCACUAUUACUCCUGCCCAUGGGUGACCUUGGCACCUUGUGGCUGGGCAAAGGCCAUUCCCCAAACCCCCUCCUUGUACAGUCAGGUGUCUGGGAAAGUAUCAGGGGCAUUGAGUCUCACCUCUUUGCCAUUUUGAGGUUUAGUAGAAUUAGAACUCUCAUGGAUGGAAGUCAGCUGGUAGGAAAGGAUAUCAGAGACCCUGAAGAGGGAACUCGAAUUUAGGGAAGUCUGGAAUGGUGACCUGGCAGGCACAUCAGAAGCAGAUUUGGUCCUGACAUAUUAUGUUGCUGAUACUGGAACCUGCCUGACCCCCAACCACCAUGGAAUAGCCAGAUGAUUUGGGACUUGGAAAAAUGGCUGCAGAUAGGGCUGUAGGUUUCAAAACUGUUCCUUUGGGGAAGCUGAGAGCAAUGUACCAGGUACUGAGGUCUCUGCAGCCAUCUGAACUACUCAGAGCACUGGACAAAAAUCUUUUGGAUUGUGUGGGGGACCAGUUUCCAGCACUGCCAAAACCAGAUAUGCGCGCUAAAAGAUUAUCCAAUUUUAGGUGUUUGGAAGACCAACAGUCACUGAAGCAACACUGACUUGAACAAUUGUGAAGUAGCAUCUGAGGCCCCUAGAAAAACACUGGACUUCCUGCUCGUUUGAGGUAGGUAGCCUGAAGUGUUAUUUGAAUAAGAAGUUAAGAUUUGAUCUUCUGACUUAACGUUGCUUACAUUGAUUUUUAGCAGCUUUGCCAAAUCAGUGAGACCAUGCUCAUUUAAAGGAGGUAUAAACAGGACUCUGGUGACAUUUUCUGCAAAUGCCUGGAAAAUUUCAUUUGGUUACAAAUCAACACUAGUUGCUAUGUAGUUGGCAAGAUUAUCAUAAGAUAACUGUCAACGAAGAACCAGAAACCUAAUUUCUCAAGUUUUCCUGAAUUCCUGAAGACAGCACAGGCUGCAGAAAGGAGGUUAGAACAAAAAAUAAAGAGGCCAAAUCUCCAAUGCCUAAGCAGUUCUGGAUCCAGCGGUCAGGACAGGGCUAGAGCCUCAAACGUCGCAAUCAGGGCGGAUCUGUCCCAGACGGAGUCACGCCUAUGUGGGCGGGGCCGCAGGGGUGGGACUUCCUGUCCGGAACAUUUUUCACUCACAGGAAGAACACAGCCACGGAUCCUGCCGGUAGUCUAGUGAUAGAGUCUGACCUCUUCCAACUUAAGAAGAUGGCUGAUCCUUGGCAGGAAUGCAUGGACUUUGCAGUAACCCUAGCAAGACAGGCUGGAGAGGUGGUUCGUGAAGCUAUAAAAAAUGAAAUGAAUGUCAUGGUCAAAAGUUCUCCAGCUGAUUUGGUAACAGCUACUGACCAAAAAAUUGAAAAAAUGCUUCUCUCUUCCAUAAAGGAAAAGUAUCCAUCUCACAGUUUCAUUGGUGAGGAAUCUGUGGCAGCUGGGGAAAAAAGUGUCUUAACUGACAGCCCUACAUGGAUCAUUGACCCUAUUGAUGGAACAACUAAUUUUGUCCAUAGGUUUCCUUUUGUAGCUGUUUCAAUUGGCUUUACUGUAAAUAAAAAGAUGGAAUUUGGAGUUGUAUACAGUUGCCUGGAGGAUAAGAUGUAUACCGGCAGGAAAGGAAAGGGAGCCUUUUGUAAUGGUCAAAAACUACAGGUUUCACAACAAGAAGAUAUUACCAAAUCACUCUUGGUGACAGAGUUUGGCUCUUCUAGAACACCAGAGACUGUAAGAAUUAUUCUUUCUAAUCUGGAAAGGCUUUUGUGUGUUCCCAUUCAUGGGAUCCGAGGUGUUGGAACAGCAGCUAUUAAUAUGUGCCUUGUGGCAACUGGCGUUGCAGAUGCAUAUUAUGAAAUGGGAAUUCACUGCUGGGAUAUGGCAGGAGCUGGCAUCAUUGUUACCGAAGCUGGUGGAGUGCUAAUGGAUGUGACAGGUGAGCCAUUUGACUUGAUGUCACGAAGAAUAAUUGCUGCAAAUAGUAAAACAUUAGCAGAAAGGAUAGCCAAAGAAAUUCAAGUAGUACCAUUUCAAAGAGAUGAUGAAGAUUAACUGCAACAGCCUCGCGUAUUCAGUCACGGUUCCAUCACCCCUGUAUUUGCUGACACACUGAUGAUGUUAUAAAAUUUAGGACGUUUAUUUCAGAUGUAUAAUAUGAUUGGCUUAAUUUGUCUUUGAUAUCCAGAUUAAAAAAUUGCAGUUUGUUGUAUAUUUUACUAAGACUAGGUAUGCGAGAAUACAUGAAAUGUUGCAUUGUUUUAACAAACUUUGCGUGUGAGAGUGCACUUUGGGAAAGAUAUACAGGUAGUUGAUAAGACAAAGUAUCAUUGACUGAAAUAGCAGUUUAGAGUUUCUAAGUAUAUAUGAGCCUCUGAAAUUCUGACUGUGUACAAAAGCAUUCUUAACUACAAAGUUAACUUUUUGGAAAAAAUUUUCUUUAGUUCCCAAAGCCAUAUUUAAUUAAAUUUGUAAGAAUUAAUGGCUCCUUCCUAGACCAAGGUUUUUUUUCUUUGCAGAGAACCUUGUUUUAUUCAUCAGUGUACACGUAGCACCUAGCAGAGUAUUUGUUAAACAUGGGCAGUCUAAAAAGCAUUCAAAAGAUAUUUUGAAGGUAGCAAUUCCUAGUUAUACAUAAAGCAAUGAGCUCACCCUUUAUUUUUACUUCAGGUGUUAAAGAUGAUCUCAUCCUUUUCAUAUUUUACGGUAUCAUUCCUUUUAACUCUUCACAUUGCCAUAUCAUUUCAAUUCCUGUACCAUCAGGUAUCCUUUCUACUUGUGGGCAUUUCUGCAGUUAACGUUUUCCAAGACACUACAGUAUUUGUUUGGAAUCUUUUAAAGUCCCAAUGUUUAAAAAAAAAAAAAAAGUUUCAAAACAUUAUCAGGCAUCUAAUUUAAAUUCUAUAAUUAGAGUAUAAAAUUGUACUAAAUUCAGGGGCUCCUGGGUGACUCGGUUAAGUGUCCGACCUCAGCUCAGGUUGUGAUCUCACGGUUCGUGGGUUCGAGCCCCGCAGCGGGCUCUGUGCUGACAGCUCAGAGCCUAGAGCCUGCUACAGAUUCUGUGUCUCCCUCAUGCACUCUCUCAAAAACAACCAAACAUUUAAAAAAAAAACUGUAGUAAAUUCAAUAUUAAUGUUUGAAAGUUGUUCCUACUGAUCUUGUUGUGCACAGGAGACCUACAAUCUGGCAGGUAAACUGUAUUAUUAAUUGGUGUUUUUUUCCCCAAACUCCUUAAAUUUGUUGCCACUGGAUUCUAUUCAGUCUUUAAAUAUUCCUUACUAGUCUUUGUCUUAGGAAACUCAAAGAAAAUUGUUCUGGUUCAUAAACAUUUUAAAUAAGGUCAAUUGACUGCUUAGCCUUGUCCUUUGACACUUGAAUAGACUAUUAAUUUUUGUAGUUUCAUGUGAACCUUGUAUUUGAUAAAAGGAAAAGUACAUUUAUAAAGUUUAAGGUAGGGGAUUAUUGUGCACUUCAUUAUACUAAGAUUUGAGUAUUGUAAUUAUUUACUGUUGGUCAUGUGCAGUAAAAAUAUACUGUAUUCUGUGGUUAAUUUUGCAAUUAAAUUUAUUUAAGAUUCAUAAAAUUUUAAGUAUAACUGAACAUUGUUAAAGUUUAUAGUUUAUGUUUGAGAUUUGUGUUGAGUUGUAAAUGUUGACACUUGCAGUUGUGGCUGAAUAUAUGUUCUUGGGUUUUUUUUGUCUACAGUUUUCUCAACUUUUCUAAAAGUCUUUUAGAAUAAUUUUCCAAAAAGUAGCUUUUUUUUUCCCCCUAAAUGCAAUUAAUUAGAUAAUUUGUGGCUGAAAUUUCUUUAGACAUUGAAAAAAAGAGGUUUGACAAGUGAGUUAUCUGCCAAUAGUUUGUAAACCUUCUAGCAGUUCCUUCUAGUAUUUACCUUCAUCAUUUUAAAGGUAUAUUAAAGGAUAUUUAAAGGCUA